GUGUAGCAGUUCACUGCGCAAUCUGCAUCACGUGGUUGUCUACGGAGCGGCUAUCCGGUUGGUCCGUCUCCGCUGGCCAAUGAAUGGGCGGCGUGAGGAAGCAACACCUAUCCACUUCAUCCCUCGUCUGCAGAAUGCAUCCUGCCGGAUAGUCCGACACCUGGAGGUCCCAGUCACGCAAAAUGAUCCCAGCCCCGAGCGAAAUCGAUCCGGUCUGUGUCGUGAAUACUCUGUUAGGCUACUUGAAGAGCUCCCUCCUGUGUUGAAGGAAUCGCAACUGGAAAUACUGGAGACAAUUGCGGCUGGAGCGUUUGGUCGAGCAGUGAAGGUGAGACACCGUCAGUUUGGAUGCCUUUUAGUCGUGAAGGAAGUACUGAAUAACAGCAAGGAAAAUGAGGAAACUUUGAUUCGCGAGUUACCGGACAGAAACAAAACAGUUUUCCUUGUACUUUCUGAUUUUUCUUUCCUAUGUGGUAUUCCAUUUGAAAAGGUUUCAGUACUGCGCAAUCUGAAGCAUCCAAAUAUUCUGACUUGCUUGGCCAUCGUGGUGAGGAAUAAGCGACUAUGUCUAGUCACCGAAUACAUUGAUCGGGGAAGCAUUCAUCAAAUUUUAUUGAACUCUCCCGAAGAGCAACCUCCGUCCUUCUGCACGCGCGUCUCAUUUGCACGGGAUAUCGCAACAGGCAUGGCAUUUAUACAUGAAAACAAUAUCAUCCACCGGGACCUCACCACUCACAAUUGUCUUGCACGACAAGACGGUUCGGUCGUCGUUUCGGAUUUCGGUCUUUCAAAAAUCAUCCAACCUGACCCUCCCUAUGAUUGGUCGCUUGAGCAAGCCAAGCACAAGAUGAAUCAAAUGCACUUAUCAGAUGAAGAGGAGACUGAAACAAACAAGAAUUUAGAGAUGACAGAUUCUGGUUCUAACCUGAGCAACGGUCGGCGAAGACCAGUUCGUCCCAGGUGCCAUACUGUGGUAGGAAGUCCAUUCUCGAUGGCGCCUGAAAUGUUGGCUGGAAAACCGUAUGAUCAAUCGGUGGACGUCUACUCUUUUGGAGUCAUCAUAUGUCAAUUGUUGGCCUUAUGCGAUUCUGAUCCGGAUCACAUACCUCGCUGUUCUGAUACCCUGUGUGUAGAUGUAAAUGCCUUUAUGGCAACUCAUUCGGAUAUUUUGAAAGAUGGACCACCGGUGCUGAUCAAUGCUGCAAGGCAGUGCCUAUCGUUCCAGCCGGCCGACAGGCCCAGCUUUAACACUUGUCGGGAUUGGCUAGAUGAAUGCCUACUCUAUCUCACCAGCGGGAAAGUUCCUCCGGAAGGCAUCAUGGAGAGAUGAAGUCGGGAUAACUGCCUCGGUGGCGACAUUCCAGUGGAAUCAAGCCCGUGAUAUUUUUUGUAUGUUCUAUACUAGUAUGUAUUUUCACAAAUGUCACUAAAAACAUUCCAUUUGUAAAAUACUCUUCGUCAGCUUGGAAAAGCCGCUACUUGAACACCCUCUCAUUUUUGGAGGUGGAAGAUCCGUUUUGCUCAGGAUCAACCCAUGUUCAUUACUGUAGCUCUGUUCAUUUGCUAAGAGAACAGGUUAUUUUUUUACAAAAAAGUAUGAUACCUAUUUCAUACCUUGUCAUAAAACUU